AAAAGAGAGUAGAAUUUUUCUCUCAGUUGAAGAAACUCUUUGGCCUUUGUUUAUCUCCAAAGUUCUUAAAGAAUUAAUUAUCUUUCACUGUUUUUAAUUCUUUUUCACUAAUUAAAAGUUGAACAAUUAAUUCAUCAAUAUCUCAACGUUCUCAUCAUCUAAUCAAAUCAUUUCAUCUUCGCCUUCAUCUCGAUUUUUGAUUCUCUUUUUUUCCUUUUCCUUUGCUUUUCUUUCAAGACACUCACUCACUCACUCUCUCAUUAAGGAGAAUAGAAGAAAACAAAAAAAGAGAAUUUUUUUCUUCUCUUUCAAAUUGUUUACCUGUUUCAUUGUUAUUCGGAUUGUGCUUUUUUCUGAUAUAUUUCAUUCAUUCAUUCAUUCAUUCAUUGUGUGUUUAUGUGCGAUACCAACAUUACAUCAACGCAAUAAAGACCAACCAAAAAGUGAAGGUGAAAAGGUUGUUUGAAGAAAAUUAAUUAUGGAUAAUUCAAUUGACGAUUCGAGCCAAACCUUUCGUUGUCCAUUAGCUGAUGCAAAUAAUAAUACGACCAAUGGUUUAACAACAACAACAACAACAACAAUUAAAAGUCCUUUUUGUGAUAAUGAUGAUAAUCUAACCAAUUGUGAUUCUCAACAAUCAACUAAUCCACUCUCAUUGAUCUCAAAGUGUUCACAACGAGCAUUCAAAAGUGAUCCCGAUUCCCCUUGGACUUGCCCAUCAACUAAUUCACCUCAACAAUCAACCAACAAACACUGUAAAUAUCAUAGCAAUCAAUGUUUACGUAAACGGGAACCAAUGGACAAAUUUGAUUCUAACGAUGAAUCAAUUAAUUGUGAUGAUUGUGAAGACGAUUCAAUGUUAUUGGAUAUCCCACCAGAAUAUGCUCGAGAUGAUAUCGAAUUGAUCGUUGAUUUGUACAUUUGGUUUGAAAAGGUUCGAUCUUUUCUAUUAGGAUUAUUAUGUUAAUCUAAUGAUUAGAAAUUCGAUGAGAACUUUGUAAAAAUUUCAACCAUCAACAAUCAUCAGUGGAUUUGAUUGUUGCCUCGACUCUUCAAAUUAUCAUCAACAUGAACAACAAAAAGAUUAACUAUCAAACUCUUAAUAGUUAUAAUCCAUUAAUUUUAUACUAAACUAAAUUAGAUGGUCAAGAAAACAGCUAAUCUAAUUGAAGAAUUAUUUUUUUAACAAUUGACCAACUUAAGUUGUAAUCAACAAAACCACUUGUUAAUUGUUUAUUUCAUAUCAUUUUGUUUCCACUCAACAAUUAAACUAAUUGGUGUUUAAAGAAA